UGAGUCUUGACAUUGGCUAAUCCACGGCUAAUCUUUGUAAAGCCAGACGAGAGAGCAAAAAAAAAUAUCUGUGAAUAUUUACAACUACAAGUAUUUUAAUGCAAAUAAUAAAUAAUGCAAUUACUUGUGUUUUCCACCCAGUACCGAAAAAAUAUGAUAUAACUUGGUUUAAAUAUGUUCCCAACUAAUCAUAAAACCAUAUUUGUGUUAGAUCAUACUCCAUACUUUGGGAUAUCUUCCGACAACCCCAUAGAUUUCGAUGUUUCAAAAAGCCGGGGUCCAGGUUAUGUGCCACUGCCUCCAGUGUGUAAAUCUUUGUGGACCUGCAGUGUUGAAGCAGCAGUUGAGUACUGUCGUAUAGUCUGGGAUUUGUUUCCUGAAGGCAAAUUGGUCCGAUUUGUUGUGAGUGAUUCAGCUGCUCAUAUUUUAAAUACUUGGGCUGUGGCACAGCAGAAUCUUACACAUGUUCUCAAUGGGCUAUGUCUAGUUGGUCCAGUACGUCGUGGGGCAGGUGGCGAUGUGGUGGGCUUGUGUGCUGCUAUUGAAGCCCUAGCUGAAGCUUCUCCAACUCAAACAACCAGACAACCUACGGACAGACUCUUUCAGAAUCGCGGUCGUAUAAUUUGUAUAACAAGUGCCAGAGAUGACGAUUCGAUCCGGAGUCUUGCGGAGAUCGCUCUUAAUACACUGGUUCAACAAAACAAAAAGGCGUCAACACCACAGCCGCAGACAACAACUGAUGCGUCCACUAGUCCACAGUCUUUAGUAGUACACUACUGUCAUUUAGUUAUAAUCAAUGUAACACCAGAAAAAGCUGAUACACGGGUCAGCAACCAGCCAGUUACAGAGAUGGGUGGCGGUCUAAUGGGUGUGGAAGUCAUUGUGUGUCGUGCGAGUGCUCUGGCUAAUCUAUUGGGUCGGUUGGUAUUACCACACUAUAGACUGGCCAUUACCACUGUUACCGGUAUUCCUAUGAAGGAAGAACAAAAUGCGAGUUCGAGCGCAAAUUACGACGUAGAAAUAAUACAUUCCGCUGAAGCACACGCCGGCCUCAGAGCGCUGCAAACUGCCGCGGAGUCUACUGAAUCGGUAGUGCUGCGAUGGUGGACCCCAAGAGGGGCGGAAGGAGGCGCGGGCGGCUGCAAUGGUCCACUAUGGCGAGUAACUCCCGCUGAUGUCGCGUCGCGUCCCUCCGCCUGUCUCGUGAACUUCCUGCUCAACGGAAGAUCUGUUACAUUGGAAGUACCCAGGAAAGGCGGCGGUAGAUCGGCGUCGCACGUGCUGGCGGCGCAGGGCGGCGAGCUGUGGAUCGGCGCGCUGGGCGGCCGCACGCCCUACGAGGACCCGCCUGCGCUGUCCGAGGGAGCUGGCGGACGGGUUACGGAUUAUAGAAUAAAAGAAUUUGGGGCCCUUAUGCAGCAGAACAAAUUACACCCUCUUCGAGGAGCGGGCUCGAACGCGCGGGCCCGCGCGCGGUUGCAGCGCCAUACGACGUACUGGCCGCUCACUAUAUCGUCCACUCUCAUAUUCAAUUUGGGUUCGGUAAUGGAGCCGUUGACGCGGUUAGUAGUCCAAGAGUCGUUGACGGAAGAAGAGGUGGACUCAUGUCGUGGCGUGCUGUUAUCUCUUCUCGGGAUGGAGUCGCGUCACGAGUUCCCCGCUUCACAAUUACCUUCUAAUUUGAGAGGCAAGUCUUCUGGGCGUCGCGAAGAGCAAUGGCGUCAAGUAUGGGGAGAACUAGAAGCUCUGAUACGCGCGCACUCCGCUUCGCCCGCGCACCGUGCGUUGUUGCGUACACUGCUCGAAUGCCGCUCGCACAAUAACCACAAUACUGAUGGAGAAUCGUCGCGGGCGACAGUCAUAAGGGCCACGACAGACUCUCCCCUUUCACCAGUUGGCGCCGGCAACGGGAACAACAGUAGCGAUGUGUGGGCGCCUCGGAACGUUCUAGACGCUCUCUUAGGAGCUCCACGACCGCCUCGUAGACCGGACUUCGCAGGACGUAUGGCAGCCGGGAACCGCGUGGCCACACUGUACCAACAUUUGCAGCAGGAUGUGGAAACACCACAUUGAUUGAGGCAAAGACUGUCUCGACGAAUAUAAAAUAUUUGUAAUGUGACUGACGAGAUAGUAUUACAAUUCUGUUAAAAAUAAAUAUAUGUAUUUUUA